CUCCCGAAUGGAUGCUGCACGUAUGAUGGAUGGGGCUGUGAUGGAGGUGGUUUUGUGUCUGCUGUGGGGACCUGCUUCGCAGUCGCUACCGCCGGGCUCGCUUGGACGGGCCGCUGGCUGCCCCUUUGCCUCUUCCUGCCACCCUCCUGUCGCCAUCCCCGCUAUCGCCGGGCUGCUUAACCUCCGGAGUUUGUUGAGGAGCCGCGUGCUUCCUCCCGCCGCCGCCGCAAUCGCCAUUCGCCGCCAUCCGGGUGCUCGCAUUGGCUCCGCCGCUGCCACUGCCACUGCCGCAGCCGCUGGCAGUGCCGUCAACUCGGCCGCUGCUGUAUUGCUGUACGAGAAUGGUAUCGUCAGACGGUUGUGGCGGCUGGUCCUUAUCACCAGAUCUAACUGCCGUCGACGCCGCCGCCACAUUAUCGUCAUAACCAUCAUCAUCAUCAUCCCCACCAUCACUACCAUCUUCGGCAGCAGUUGA